CACUUUUAGCUCAAAUGGUCAAUAAAGUUUCUGGAAAAGAAACUGUUUCACUCCAACCGGUAGAAGUGAACCUUGCGCCCAAAAAAAAGCCUGAUGUCACUAUAUCCAUCGACACUAAUGAAAGUUGUCUUCCAUUCCAACCGGUGGAGGAAGUGAAUGUGAAGUCCCUCGUUAAAAAGCAACCCGCCCAAGGUCUGAAAAGAGCAAGAACUUCUGGAAUGACGGAUUUGAAUACAAUUUCUGCCGGUGUAGAUGUUGAAAUUGUUGAUCCAAUUGCAAGUCGAAAAAAUCCACGCAUUAAAAAGCCAACCAAACAACUUCGAAGGUGUUCUUCACGACUUGUCGAAUUUGAUUCAUUUUCUCAAAAUGGUAUUGGUUGUCCACAAACUCGACCUUCCAAUGAGCUGAAGCGAAGUCAAUAUUUGUGCUCACCUUAUAUCCCUUUGGAUAUCGGGAUGAAAAGGAUGAAAGGCAAUAAAAAGGCUACCAUAACGAAGGUAAAUAUGGAUGAAGAAUCUGAGCUUGAUUCAGACGACGUCAAAUGCCAAAAGAUUAGCACUGCACUGGAUUUACUUUGUGCAACAUUUAAUGGUCCCUCCAUUCCUAAGAAGUCACUUCCACAGCCAAAGCCAAUACCUCCACAUCCUCUAUCAUCAGAUGAGAAGGUCCUUGUGGCAUAUUAUUUUGAUAAAGAACUAGAUCGAGACCUCUCCUUCAGUGAAACUAUUGUGAGUUUUGCGAUAGAUCUUGCUACCCGUCGAGAUUUGUGUUCAUUAAAGCCGGGAGUUUGGUUAGACAGUUCUAUUAUUACUCUUGUGGCAGUGCAACUAACAAGUGUGCAGAAGAAGAGACAUCAAGAUAAGUGUCACACAACUUGGUACUUGCCAACUUACAUUUCGCAAAGGAUUAUUAAUGACGAAGUCAAUGAAGAUGAGUACCCACCUUUAGCACAGUGCUAUUUCGGUGAGACUAAAUAUACUGGAGAAAUUCAUGCUUGUCAGGAGAUAUAUAUUCCAAUGAACGAUGCGAACACACAUUGGUUCUGUUUAAAGUUGGAUAUGGUAUACCAAAAGAUAUAUCUACUUGACUCCCUGCCAACUUGCAGAGAUAACAGUGAACGAAAACAAAUGGCAAUAAAACUGGUUCAUGCUCUGCAUUUGAUGCUUCAAACAAAAUAUGGGCACUUUUAUGUUGCUGACGUGACUAUGUUUGAUUGGAUUACACUUGAAGAUCCUCCUAUCCAAGAUAACUCAUAUGAUUGCGGGAUGUUUGUCAUAAAGCAUAUGCAGGGCAUCCCAUUGCCAAAUGGUGUACAAGGGUUUGAUCCUCUAGAAAGGCUAAGGUUGCCGGUUGACUUGGUGAGAGAUCCAAAUAACUUGAAGUGGCCAGAGAUUUCUGUUAGAAUUGAAAAGUAUAAGCUAAGGUGGGUAUCCUCCACAUUAUAUUCCUUAGUCCCGAUAAUGUAAUCACACUAACAAUAUAUAAUUUUGGUCAGGGAC